AUGGCAAACUUGAGAAAAUAUUAUGUCAAUGAGUUAAUCCAGCUUUACAUGGACACAAUCACACCUCAAUGCCGCGAAGACCGCGUUGACCACAUGUGGACUCAGAUUUUGCUUUAUUACUUCAGUAUCGACCAACCUUUUGGCAUAGAGCGCGAGGUUUAUACCGCAGAAACUGAACUUCGUCGCGUCGAUCUCGUGGUGACAUCUGUACGAGGAAACCAGAUAUACAAGACCUUGUUUCUGGAAGCUAAACGCCACCCUGCACCAUCGAGAGCCAUCACCCCAGAUGCCUGGGCCAGUGUUCGUGCUCAGCUCCAAAGAAAUAUCGACAAAUGGACAGAUCGUAACAAAGAUACUACAGUCUUCGGCCUGACUGCGAUUGGGUUGUAUGUGAAAUUCUUUAUCAUCCCCAAGCGUGAAACCGAGCUCCGGCCUUUCAAAGUCACGGAUAGGCCUUAUUCGCUCCGUCACGAUUCUGAGAGGGGACAUGAAAUACUUUCCCAGAUCAAGGAUUUUAUCGCGGCAUCUCUGUGA